AAAAGUAUAUAGUUACUGGUCUUCAAUGCUCAACAAAAUUUGCUGGCCUCAAACGGACAUAUAAAAAUAUAUAUGAGCAGAAUAAAAAAAGUGGUAACUCCCACAGUAGUUGGGCUUUUUAUUCAGUAAUGGAUUCAUUACUUGGUGAAAAGGCAUAUAUACAACCUCCAGCUGAAGCGUCCAGCGAAGGUCCAUCACAACCGAUACUAUCUACAUCAGGAUCUUUAUCUCCAGCGAGUUUCUCAGAGGAUUUACGAAGUGCGCCUAAAAAAAGACGAGUUGAGAAUAUUCUAAAAAAUUAUAUUGAUAAUAUAAAGCAAGAAAGGGAGACUACAAAAAAAGAGCGAGAUGAAGAAAGAAAGAAAAAAGAAGAAAUUAGAGAAGCAAAAUAUGAAGAAAAGAAGAGAGAGCGUGAAAAAAUGCAUCAAGAUAACAUGGAGGUACAGAAAUCACUACUUGCCGUCCUGCAGAAUUUUGCAAAUAAAAAAAAUACGCAAACCAACCUGGGCGAGGCUGGAUUAAGAUGCGCGAAAAAUGUGCCUGAUAGAGUCAUAUUUAAAUGCACAGGGUAUUACUUAUUAAUUCUCGCCCACUAAAUAGAUAGCGUUAUUUCUUAUCAAAAAUAAGUUGAAAAGUCCUGAAUAAUUUUAAAUAAAAUAAUAAUUUGAAUAAUUUUUAAUAAUUUUAUAAACCCGGCGCUGUUUGAUCGUACUUUACUCAAUAAUUACUAGUUCAUUAAGUGUAAAAAUUCUUUAGGACUUUUCAACUUAUUUUUGGUAAGGAAUAACGCUAUGUACUUAGUGGACGAGAAUUGUACGCUUUUGAGAAGACUGAAAUAAAAAGUUAUUAAAUUCGUUA